ACACGUGACUGACGCGUACCAGGCUGAGGCAAUUGGCGCGUCAACCACGAGCAACCGUCUGUCUAAUCCGAAUCAACAUAUCGUCCACAAUAUUGUACUGCUCCACACAUUGGACUCUGCCACAAAGCUGUCACCUUAAUUCCGCUGUUGGUCACUCAUCACUUCAACCCUGCUACCAACAGUACCUCUGUAACUCGGGACAUUGACCGUGAUCAGGCAGCAUAAUGGCGCACAACUCAGAUACUAUUCCUCGUAGAAUGGGCAACUACUGGCUACAAGAUCGACUUGGAUCAGGCUAUUCAGGCUCUAUCUUCAAAGCACGCCAUGUUCACGAUAACACUUUCGUCGCGCUCAAAGUGCAAGACGUCGACCACGAGUGCCCAACAAAUCGCUACGAGCAGGCCAUCUAUCCUCUACUGCAAGGAGGAGAGGGCAUGCCUCGGUUAUGGGCGAGCGGUAUCCAGGGAAAAUGGCAUUAUCUAGUCAUAAGUCUCCUCGGAAGAAGUCUGGAGGGUAUCUACCGAGAAAAUUUGCAAUGGGGGCACAAUAGGAUGGACCUUCGGAGCGUAUGCUCUAUUGCGAUUCAGGUGAUCGCACGCUUGCAGAUCAUGCACAACCGCGAAGUUCUGCAUCGCGAUAUACAGCUUGGGAACUGUGCUAUCGGAUUGACGCCUGAAGAAGACACCAUCUAUAUGAUCGACUUCGGGUUUUCUAAACGCUACAUCGAAUCGCACACGCGGCGGCAUAUCCCAGACUCAAAGGAGAAGAGAGAUUUCUUGGGAAACUAUUGGUUUACGUCUGUCAACGUGCAUUGUAAAGGCAAGGUACCGUCUAGGCGAGAUGAUCUUGAGGCUGCCGCAUUGAUGUUUAUACAUCUUCUUACGCCUGGAGGACUCUCGUGGACACGAAACGGUGUACCAAAAACCGACUCGGCGCACGAUCGUAUCAAGCGAGCAAAAAAGAACGCUCGCCCUGAAGACCUGUGCAAGGGAAUACCCUCUGAGUUCGAAGAGUUCCUGCGCUAUUGUAGACGGCUGAAGUUCUUUGAAUGCCCUGAUUACGAUCACUGGAAGGACGAGUUCCAGGCGCUCGCACAGGACAAUGGCUUCACCGAUAUUGAGCGCUUUAUCUGGCCACCACCGCCAGCUCCCAAGGUUCAGCCUCAAGCAGGACGGCCUGCUCCUACACGGCCCACGAUUGAUGCAGAUGAGAUGGAGAACGUCCUAAAAGACUUGGCCAAGCUCCAGCUCAACCCGCCUCGUCCAAUACUUGGGGACCAAACUAAUGUCCCUGCUCCUGCGCGAAGAGAUGACACAAAAAAGGCUAGCGAAAUCAUAUCCGUAAGCGACAGCUCCGAUGACGAUAGAUCGAGGCCAAAUGGCCAACCUCUUCCACCCUGCACUCCCGUGCGAACAAAGAAAGCGAGUCAGCUGCAGAAGCUCAGGCUUUCGGUACUUGAUUCGACGGAUAACGCUGCUCUUGCAGUCGCCGUAGACGAGUUCGCGAAAUUCCUGCAAUUGGGCUCAAAGACGCUCACCAAAGAGGGUUUCGCCUUUUUGGAUGCAUUGUACAAACAGCUCGCAGAUCCUUCGAUAUUCGUACACCCGCUUCGGACUUUACGAAGUGUAAAUCGAGAGGACGAUCGAGCCCCCCAACCAGCGCAUGUAAAAUUGGGCGUGGUUGCGAGGCUUCGUCGGGAAGUGGGGAUUGCAUCGAGUAAUAGGGUGCUUGCGAACCUCGUGGCUGACUUUGGUGCUGUUACCAACAAGAGCAGUGGGAGGACUAUCACCAAGGAUGGGUUUGCGUUUUUAGAGGGACUAGCUGCGAGGCUACAGGCGUUAAAUUAGAGCUGGAAGGGAGUACUUGUGUUUGCCAGGCUCCUUUCAUUGGGUGACUAUCCGUAGGCAAAAUAAUGCGGAAUAGAUUAUAACGG